AUGCAUUCUGCCACAGAGUUAAUCGUAGAUCACGAAGCGGGCUUCUAUAAAUUCUUCUCUUCAAUUCAAUUCAUAAAAUUAAUGAUAUUAAUAAUGUAUAAACACGAUGCUGCAGUGGAACUACCUACCAGUCGCAUCAGUGCUUGCGUGACUUACUGGUUGGUUUUCCUUUCCUCUGCGCUGCAUUAUGUCCAUGGGCCCAAAGUGGGAGCUCAUAUUUGGGCUCGUCAUGCAUCUGAUCACUGUUCUAUGUCUACCAAGUACCAAAACCUUUAUCCUUUAGGUGGAGAAAUG